AUCCCAUCUAAUGCCGAGGCUGAAAGAAUCGCGCUCCCACGAGUCCCUGCUCAGCCCUAGUAGCGCCGUCGAGGCCCUCGAUCUCAGCAUGGAGGAGGAGGUGAUCAUUAAGCCCGUCCACAGCAGCAUCCUCGGGCAGGAUUUUUGCUUCGAGGUGACAACUUCAUCCGGCAGCAAAUGCUUUUCUUGCCGGUCGGCAGCCGAACGGGACAAGUGGAUGGAGAACCUGCGGCGCGCCGUACACCCAAACAAGGACAACAGUCGGCGAGUCGAGAACAUGCUCAAGCUCUGGAUAAUCGAAGCAAAAGACCUGCCCGCCAAAAAGAAAUAUUUGUGUGAACUCUGCCUGGACGAGGUCCUGUACGCACGGACCACCUGCAAGUUGAAAACGGACAAUGUCUUCUGGGGGGAGCACUUUGAGUUCAACAACCUCCCUUCUCUCCGGAGCAUCACCAUCCACUUGUACAAGGAGACGGAGAAGAAGAAGAAGAAGGACAAGACCAACUUCAUUGGCUUGGUCAACAUCCCGGCGGGCUCUGUCACGGGCCGGCAGUUUGUGGAGAAGUGGUACCCGGUGGUGACGCCCAACCCCAGCAAGGGCAAGUCCGGGGGCCCCAUGAUCCGCAUCAAGUCGCGCUACCAAAGCAUGAGCAUCCUCCCCAUGGAGAUGUACAAGGAGUUUGCGGAGUACAUCACCAAUAACUACAUGGUGCUCUGUUCGGUCCUGGAGCCGGUGCUCAGCGUCAAGAACAAAGAGGAGAUGGCGUCGGCCCUCGUCCACAUCCUUCAGAGCACUGGAAAGGCCAAGGACUUCUUGACUGACCUCAUGAUGUCCGAGGUAGACCGCUGCGGAGAAAACGAGCACCUCAUUUUCCGGGAGAACACCCUCGCCACCAAGGCGAUCGAGGAGUACCUGAAGCUGGUGGGGCAAAAGUACUUGCAGGAUGCCUUAGGCGAGUUUAUCAAGGCUCUCUACGAAUCGGAUGAAAACUGUGAGGUGGAUCCAGGCAAAUGCUCCUCCUCGGACCUUCCCGAGCAUCAGAGCAACUUGAAGAUGUGCUGCGAACUGGCCUUCUGCAAAAUCAUUAACUCUUACUGCGUCUUCCCACGGGAGCUGAAGGAAGUCUUUGCUUCGUGGCGGCAGGAGUGCAGCAACCGUGGGCGCCCCGACAUCAGCGAGCGCCUCAUCAGCGCCUCCCUCUUCCUGCGCUUCCUCUGCCCUGCCAUCAUGUCCCCGUCACUCUUCAGCCUGCUCCAGGAAUACCCAGACGACCGCACAGCCCGGACCCUGACCCUGAUUGCCAAGGUCACGCAGAACCUGGCCAACUUUGCCAAGUUCGGCAGUAAAGAAGAGUACAUGUCCUUCAUGAACCAGUUCCUGGAGCACGAAUGGACCAACAUGCAGAGGUUCCUGCUGGAGAUCUCCAAUCCGGAGACACUUUCCAACACCGCCGGCUUUGAAGGCUACAUCGAUCUGGGCCGGGAGCUCUCCACCUUGCACUCACUGCUCUGGGAGGUUGUGGCUCAGCUGGACCAGGCCACCGCCACAAAACUCGGACCUCUGCCACGCAUCCUCCGGGACGUCAACACAGCCCUCAGCAACCCCGCCUGCGUGCAGGUCUCGGUCACGGCCGACCACGCCGCCUCGACGCCAAACGCCGGCAACAGCAUCUCGGUGGGGCUGCAGAAGAUGGUGAUCGAGAAUGACUUAUCUGGUCUGAUAGAUUUCACCCGGUUACCGUCUCCAACCCCUGAAAACAAGGACUUGUUUUUUGUCACAAGGUCUGCGGGGGGGGCCCAGCCCUCGCCUGCCCGGAGCUCCAGCUACUCGGAGGCCAAUGAGCCGGACGUCCAGAUGGCCAACGGCAGCAAGAGCCUCUCCAUGGUGGACUUGCAAGACAAUCGGAUUCUGGACGGCGGGCCCCCCCUCCCGGGGCCGGCCGAGGUCCUGAACGAGAGCCAGCCCUCCGCCGGGCCGGGCCCAGGCGUCUGGAGCGCACGGACUCAGCCAAACAGCAUGGCCGCCGCCAUGGCCACUGUGCGCCGGGCGGGGCAGACGCCCACCACGCCCAACGCCGAGAACGCCCCCGGGCGGCCCCAGCUUUUAGCCCCCCUCUCCUUCCAGAACCCGGUCUACCAGAUGGCAGCCAGCCUGCCCCUCUCGCCCCGGGGGCUGGCGGACUCCGGCUCCGAGUGCCACAUCAACACCAUGCAGUACCCGCGCCCUUCCAGCGGGGGCAUGCUCUCCUCCUCCCCCGACUGGCCGGGCAGCGGGGCUCGGCUCCGGCAGCAGUCCUCUUCCUCCAAGGGAGACAGUCCGGAGAUGAAACAGCGCACGAUGCACAAGCAGGCCCCUUCUCCUGUGAACCCCAAUGCCUUGGACCGCACGGCCGCUUGGCUUUUGAAUAUGAAUGUGCAGUUUUUAGAAGAGGAAGGCAGUGACCCAGAGCCCAAGCACAGGGAUAAGGCCCGGAGUAAAGAGGAGUUCGGCCAUGGGGAAAAGCAGUAUCAACAGGACCUGGCCAUUCUCCAGGACAAGCUGCGGAUCUCCAAUAAGAAACUGGAGGAGUACGAAGCCCGCUUCAAGUGCCAGGAGGAGAACACGCAGAAACUGAUGCUGGAGUAUCAGGCGAGGUUGGAGGAGAGCGAGGAACGGCUGCGCCGCCAGCAGGAGGACAAGGAGAUCCAGAUGAAGGGCAUCAUCAGCAGGCUGAUGUCAGUGGAGGAAGAACUGAAAAAGGAUCAUGCGGAAAUGCAGGCAGCCGUGGAUUCAAAGCAGAAGAUCAUAGACGCACAGGAGAAACGCAUUGCCUCCCUGGACGCAGCCAAUGCCCGGCUCAUGAGCGCCCUCACCCAGCUGAAAGAGAGGUACAGCACACAGACCCGUAACGGGAUCUCCCCCACAAACCCAACUAAAUUGCAGAUUACAGAGAACGGCGAAUUCCGGAACAGCAGCAACUGCUAGCCGGCUGGGAGUGGCUGCAGCAGGGAAGGAAGAAAAAGAGAGAGAGGAGAGAGAGAGAGAGGAGAGAGAGAAAGCCUGCGCAGCGGCAGCGACAGGAGGAGUGGGCCAUGCGGCAGGAGGGGUCCGUGCUCCCCCAGGCCCUCCCCGAGUGUGGCGGGGGGUUUGGAAACAAGCUGGCCCGCUGUUCUCUUCACCAAAGAUGGCUCGCCAGACCACAAACACAGAAACCCUGCUGCCUCCGCGGGAUGGGGAUAUGGCGGCCAUCAGUGGUGGGGCAGGGGCGAGCUGGUGGUGGCCCCUUAGCAUUAAAGCGAUUCAACAGCAACGAGAAGGAAGGAGGACGUGGAAGCUGGAAGUGCUCCCAGGGGAGGAUCCGGGCCAAAGAAUGAGCUAGCAGGACUGCUGCAGAAAUGUUGCCGAACCAGCGCCUCCUCCCCUCCCUCCUUCCCUGCCUGCUUCCUCCCCUAUCCUGGUGCUCAGUGGCUGAUGCAGCUUCAUCAUCAUCAUCAUCAUCCACGUGCCCCGCUGUGCUGCUCUGGGUUGUUCUCUCCGGCUCCGUUCCACAAAGCCUGCUGUACUCUCUGAUUCGGGAUGUGUCCUCUCUCGCAGUCGUAGGUCCCAAUCCAGCAGUUUUCCCCAAGAUCAAGAUGGGUUACGAGGGAGUCCCACUCCCCCGUCUUCCCUUUUCCUCUCCAGGGAGCAAUGCUGUUUGCCAGAGCACAGAAACAAAAACAGGCCGUGGGGUCCUUGGUGGAGUUUGUAGGCACCUCUGAAUGAAAGGAGGCGGCGGAAGGGUGAUGUAGGGGGUUGGAACAAGAAGUCUGAGGGCUUCUCUAGGGGCCUCACUCUGUAGCUGAGGGCCUGGCUUGCAGUCAGAACAUCCCAGGCUCCAUCUUGCAGUGUCUCCCAUUAAAAAAGGAGCUGGUUUGACUUGCAUCCCUGCGUGGGAUGGGGAGGAGGCUGAAGGCAGGGUGACCGGGGGCCUCUCAGGUUCAAGCCUGGGGCCAGGGCCCUCAACCGGCCCGUUUUCUUCGGCUUAAGUGGAGACCCAACCCCAUCUUCCCCUUCAAGCAAGCAGGAUUCCCUCCCCAAACACACUCUCUUGCCAUCUAGCUUAGCCGACUGGUGGUUUGCAAACAGAAAGGGCGUGGUGGGCAUUCCCACAGCCUCCGGUAUUUGCUGCUAAACAGAAAAAGGAGGAAGAGAGAGAGAGGAGAAAAGAAAAGGAAAAAAUGAGUAUCUUCCUCCUCGGAAGCAUGAAGAUUGGUAACUCCUGUCUCUUUUCUUUCACAGUAUGCGUUAGGAAUAAAAACAGUCAAAAAUCAAAAGCAGUCCACUUUCUGGAGUACUAUCCUCUUUUAAUUGGGAGUGGGUGCUGCGUGGGAAGUUAACCACCCCGAAGGCCUCAAAAAGGGACUAACGGACGAGGAACGCGGCCUCCGAAACGUGUCUCUCCCCUUGUCAGAAACGCUGGGCAGCCGUAAGCCACGACGGGGCCCCUUCCUAACUGUUCCCACCAUCGCUUAGCCGAGGGGCCGGCAGCGGGGUGCCCCGGGGGCGGCAUUACUAACCUCUAGCCAGCGUGUGGGUUGGUGGCGUGUCGGUCUGAAAGCUGUCGGUGCUGUCAAGUGUAGGAGAACAGGGUGCUUCCCUUCCGCCCUCCCCCUCUCGAGAGCCCAGUUGGGCACGCAAGACGGUCACGGAAGUAACCAGGACAUCCGCCUCUCGUAUGUGGCCCCAAUGUGCUUGGUGAGAGUCUAUGCGCUCUUUUUCCAGCUGCCUGGCUCCUUGCACAAACCAGGAGCUUCAUACAGCAACCCCCCCAAUACAGACACGCACACAUGGAUCGUGAAUGCAGACCGCAAUGAGAAUAAGCUUUCCCCCCCUCCUCAUCUCCACCUUCUAUCUAUGGAGAUGUGGUUUCUAAUAUACAUUUU